AUGUCUGAACAGGAGGCAAAACCUUCCACGGAAGACGGGGAUAAGAAGGAAAAAGAAUACAUCAAACUCAAAGUCUUUGGACAGGAUAGCAGUGAGAUCCACUUCAAGGUGAAAAUGAAAACACAUCUCAAGAGACUCAGAGAAUCAGACUGUCAGAGACAGGGAGUUCCAACAAAUUCACUCAGGUUUCUCUUUGAAGGUCAGAGAACUGCUGAUACUCACACUCCAGAAGAACUGGGAGCAGAGGAAGAUGUGAUGGAAGCUUAUCAGGACCAAACAGGGUCAUUCAACAGUCUAGAUAUUCUUUUAAUUUUCCCGUAAUCCUUUUUUAUUUCUGAAAAUAGUUCUUUUGGAAUGUGGUGUUAAAAAUGGAAUUGAACGCUGGCACCUCUCUUGCAAGCAUCUGGCAUUUGGAAUCCUAGUGCCCGUUAUUCAUCAGCGUUGUUCUCGUUGUGCGACAUUGGUGAUCAAGCCUCAGCCCCCUUCCUGAUGCCUUCCUCUUCUGCACAGUGACAUGUGCACAGAGAGGUCACCUUGGGACCGACCAGUGCAAGUGUGCACAGUGACGUUCCCAUUGGCCCUGAACUUACAGCUUGUCUGUCAUUGCUUCACUCCUGGACUAAGGUUUUCAGUGGGAGAUGGGAGUUGUUCAGAGAAUUGAACUGUGGGGAAAUGACUUUUCCUUAAUUUAAAUUUUUUUUAACAAAUCCUUUUAUUGGGUGCUCUUAUAGCUCCUAUAACAAUCCGUAUGUCAAUUGUAUCAAGCACCUUUGAUGUCCUUAAUGUUUGAAGCUUUAAAAAUCCGAGAGGCUGGACCAGCAGAAGAGACAUGUCCGAUGUGAGUCCUGGUGACAAAUGGCAGAGUAAUGACUGACUCCAAAGAUGGCCUCACUGAAGAGAGAAAGGGAGCAGUUUAAGAUGAAAACGAAGAUCUUGUCAGAAGAUCCUAGAAAAGCUCCAAAUUUAAUUGGCAGUUAGUAAAGCUGUUCAUGCAGAAGUGUCUUCAGCAGAACACUACUCUUUUCAUUUGUGCUUUGUGGCCUGUGAUUAGGGGCUUUAAGUGGACAUUGUCUGUCCCCGCCUCAUUAAAAACAACAAAAUAUUUGCAAAAGCCAUACUAAUGUUCAUGUUCUUUUUAAUUGCAUGGAAAUACAGAACUAAAAUGCCCACACCAUGAUAUUUUCUUGGCUACUGAUGGAAGUCAUUGUUUGCACAUGGCACAAGGACACUUUUUCGUCAGCUCUGUACGGUGAUAAUAUUAACGACUUGAAAUACUGAAAGUUACUGAUCAGGCUCAAAGAAGGCCACACGAUCUUUUUAAAUGUUAGUGUUCUGUUCUUUAAAAAAACUUGAUGAUACCGUACUGCAAUUGCCCAAACAUGUUGAUAUUUUUAUUGAAAAGAGUACAGCCUUGGCAA